CCUCGGCCAUGGAGAGGUUGACGUUACAGCCGGGAGCCGCCGCAGCCAUAGACGAGUACCUGGAGUACAAGAGAAUUGUAGGUGAAGAUGAUGGAGGGAAAAUCUUUACCCCUGAAGAAUAUGAGCAGUACAAGAAAAAAGUGUUACCAAUACGGUUACAAAACAGAUUGUAUGUAAGCUGGAGAUCACCAAUUGGCAUGGACUGUAAACUUGUGGGUCCAGAAACCCCAUGUUUUUGCACACACAGAUAUAAACAACACAAAACAGACCUUGAAGCAAUUCCAAAGGAACGUCCUAUUUCUGUCCCUUGUAGGGUGAGCCGAUGCCCAUGCAAGUCUUAUAAUUUUGUUCCUUGUAAUGGUACUCAACCCAUCCGUUGUAGAUGUAAGCACUUUUCUGAUCAGCACAGUGCAGCACCAGGGUUUCCAUGUAGCACAUGUUCCAAAUGUUCAGGGUUUCACAGUUGCUUUACUUGUGGAUGUGGUCAGCCAGCAUAUACACAUGAAACAGUAGUGGAAACAAAAGAGGAGCGCUUAGCCCAAGGAAAACCAGUGGGGCAAGAUGUUCCUUAUGCUGCAAUGGGAGGACUAACUGGCUUUAGUUCACUAGCAGAAGGCUACAUGAGACUCGAUGAUAGUGGGAUAGGAGCACCUUCAACUCAGUUCCUAGAAUCUCCUGUAUCCAAUGUGGAUCAUCCCUUUCUAAGAGCAUUCCAAGGUCCUUCCAGUUCCAUGCAAGCACACUCCCAGUUAACAGAUGGAGGUGCAAGUACAGCAAUGCAAGUUUCAAGUUUAAGGAGACCUGACGAAGAUGAUAUGGCUUAUUUUGAAAGACAGUAUCAAGCACGGACACUAAAGCAAAAUUAUUUUAUCCAGCUGUCUUCAUGUACUGUAAGAAAACUCUUUUCUUACCUACAUGUUAAGUAUCAAUUGAACUACUCCAGCUUUGAAGAUGGAAGACCAGACUGUAAAUUUGCAAAGAUUAAUUAAUUUACUUGUAUCAGUUUUUGGUUAUAGCCAUUAGAAGCUCCUUUUCAUCUGCACACAUUUGUACCAUCACUCAGAGAGAUAGUGUAUUUGUUUUCUGUAUUACAUGGCUUUUAAACUUGGUGAUUUCUCUCUAAUAAAAAAUAAUGAAAAA